GGCGACCCCAAAGAUAAAAAACAAUGCAAGCUCAUUGAUGUGACAGAGUCCUCCGUCCCUCUCUCCUGUCAGCAGUCACCUCGCCCGUGCGCCUUUCAUCUGAAAGGGACCGCGAGCGCUCCUUCACUUCAAAGUGGACACGGGAACCGUUCCAUUCCGGCGUAAAGAUGCCCAGAGGAUUUUUAGUGAAGAGGAGCAAACGCGGCUCAGCGGCUUCUUACAGAACGCGUAACGACGACAACGUAAUGCCAAAAGCGGACCUGCCUGUGAAUGCACCGGAGUGGACAACCGGUGUGCCAACUGCGUGCCCAAUUGUGCCGUUAUCCGAGGACAGUACGUUUGAAGAACCAUGGACCAGUGCCCCGGCUGAAGCGGACCAGGCGCAGCUGCCAGAGAGCGCAGACAAGGUGGAGAUUAGAGAGGACUUUGGGAAAUACCCACCACACUAUCCCCGCACUGAGCCGGACCACGACGGAUCUCCGGGGCGGGCUGACCUCUCCUAUAGCCCGAUAAAACCAGUUGGCGCUGUAGUGGAAAAAUCGUCCCUUGACCGGUGUAUGAGUUCACCAACAGUGACAGAGCCGUACGCAAUGAGCACGCCGGUGUCUUCAAUAGAGAGACUUCUUCUAAAUCACGCGCCCUUUGGACACUCUGAUAUGAAAUUCGACCCACCUGUGCACCUCUACCAGUCUUUCCAUCAUGCUAUGAAACGCACGUACAUGGAGCAGGAGCGCAAGAUCAAGCCAGCAGCCAAGAAGCCUAAAGUAAUCCGCAAACUCAGCUUCGAGGACGAAAUCUCCACCUCACCGGUGCUUGGGCUGAGAAUUAAGAAGGAGACUCCCGAAUUUAAAGCAGCUACCGCAUCUUCUGCUAAUAAGAAACCGCUGGGAGAAUUCAUCUGCCAGCUCUGCAAGGAGGAAUACCCUGACCCGUUCUCCCUCGCACAACACAAGUGCUCCAGAAUUGUGCGCGUAGAGUACCGCUGUCCCGAGUGCGACAAAGUUUUCAGCUGUCCUGCCAACCUGGCCUCUCAUCGCAGGUGGCAUAAGCCUCGUCCUGUAAACCACAGAGAGGCACAGAGCGCCAAAAUGUCACAGCCGGAGGCACGGCUGCAUGAGAGGACUUUCGUGGAAGGGAAAGAGAACGCGAGCGAGUUGAGAGUUAACAAUCAGCACCACGUUUCUCUGGACAGCUCCGCGUGUCAGCGGGCUGUCACCGUGGACAGCUCCCACAGACAAGAGCAGCUGCGCAGGAGGGCACAGGAGAGCCCGCAGUCCUUCGAUCCGCGCUACCGGGACCCAGAUAAAACUAUGGACCUGCACAUCAGAGCGGGUGACAGCCCAGGCAUAAUGCAUUGUCCGGAGACCACCGACGUGGCACUGCCCACCUCUUCCUUCUUAAAGACCUCCGGGACAGUAGAGGAGAUUUACGAAUGUCACUAUUGCAGCAAGAAGUUCCGACGACAAGCCUAUCUGAGGAAACAUCUUGCGGCGCAUGAGACAAUCAAAGCCUCGACCUAUAUCCAGAUAGAGAGUGGGCAAAUCACGUUUCCCUGUCACUUGUGCGGUGCCCAUUUCCCAUCCACUGAAAUUUGGGACAAGCACAGAGUUUGGCAUGCAAUGAGAGAUGACAUUCUGAUGAAUCCAGGGAAGAUUGCGGGUAGACCAGACUUGGUAAGACCAGAAUUAAUAAGACCAGACCUCACACAGGGAGACCAACAGAUAUUCACCUGUAAGCACUGCCCAUCUACCUUCUUCAGUUCUCCCGGGCUUGCCAGGCAUAUCAACAAGUCUCACCCCACAGAGAUCCGGCAGGUGAUGCUUCUACCGAUGGCAGUCAGACCCGACUGCUAGUAGCCUAGUCUAGGCUGAUGUAGGCAAGUCUAGGCCAGGGUUUCCCAAGUCUAGGCCAGGGUUUCCCAAACCCAGUCCUGGGGUCACGUUUAGUUUUUUUGUCCUAGCACUACACAGCUGAUUCAAAUAAUCAAAACAUGAUGAGUUGGUUAUUUGAAUCAGCUGUGUAGUGCUAUGGCUAAAUACAAAAUGUGAGGGGGGGGGGGGGGCAGGACCGAGUUUGAAAAACCCUGGUCUUGGCUACAGACUUACUGGAAUGUUGAAACCCCUGAAAAACAAGUGGAUGAAUUAAAUACAUAUGAAAGUAUGAAUGUGUUCUUUUUACUACAUGUGUGAUUGUAUUGUAACUUAUUAUACUACCUGAUCAGGUCAAAAACAAUAAUGGCAUUUCUAUUUUCAUGACAAGAGAAACGUUUUUUUUUGCAAUGACAGAUUACAGCACACUAAUAGCUGAAUAGAGCCACAUUGUAACACUUGCUUUUGGGCCUAUAUUCACCAAUGUACAUUAUUGAUUGAUUUACAGUGUUAUGAUUUGUUAAAACAUUUAACAGUAAAAAUGGGCAUAUCAAAAGUUUCAAAUAUUUUAGAGUUGUCAUUUUAAGCAUGUAAUGAAAAUAAGAGGGUGGCCCUUUGAAUAUUACAAGAGUAUCAGACCUCACUGCCUUUAUCUUAAUGUAGUUCCUAUGGAAAUUGAAUGUGCUUGUUCAGUAUAGUUGUGGAAUUGAUUUCUAAACCGGCAAGGCUAUCAAGAUGUAUUUUCAUAUAGAAAAUCAAGUUUACCUGUUAGAGUAUAAAACAGUUUGAGUUAAAUAUAUAUAUAUAUAUAUUUAUUCUCUGAAAUGUACUUGCUAAAAAAAAUGCCUUCAUGGUGAUGAUUGUGUUACAAUUAUGAUGUUGUAUUUUGAUAUGUAGUGAACGACAUUUACAUUGAUUGUCAAUAAACACAAGUCUAUGUGCAUACCA